UGGUUUCGGUUCCAAAAGCUGAGUGAACGUUUGUGCAGCAUUUUACGCUUCAGACUGAAUAUAAAUGCUAAUGUGGAGUUAUUUUUCUUUUACAGCUAGGUGACCAAUAAUGUAGCCACUAGAGCUAAUGUUUGUUUUGUUUUUUUACCGCUUAGGUCGCUUCUUUAAGAACCUCCAGAGGUCUUAGACUUCCUGUAGCUGCCAGAUCUUACUGGGAGCAGGGUGAGUGUCAAGCAACCUGGACCUCUGGACACCAUCACUCUCUCUUUCUGCCCCAGGAUGUCUGUCCUCCAGGGUGUCCUCUCUCAGGUCCUCAGCUGGACGUGCCUCUGUCAGGUCCUGUUUGUGGCCAUUAUAGGACUGGGAGCCGUGGUUGCAGGGUGGACAGCAAGGCUGUUGGUGCGACACGCCUGGUACACACACAGGCUGUCCUGCUUCAGCAAGCCACAUGCAAACUCCUGGCUUUUAGGCCAUCUGGGCCAGAUGCAGAGCACAGAAGAAGGUCUUCUGCAGGUGGAUGACUUGGUGAGGAUGUACACACACUCUUGCAGCUGGUUCCUCGGCCCUUUCUAUCACCUGGUCAGACUCUUCCACCCUGACUAUGUCAAACCUCUGCUAAUGGCUCCUGCCAGCAUUACAGUGAAAGAUGAGCUUAUCUAUAGCCAUCUGCGUCCAUGGCUUGGACAGAGUCUGUUGCUAAGCAACGGCGAGGAGUGGUCUCGCAAGAGACGGCUGCUGACUCCAGCUUUUCAUUUCGAUAUUCUGAAGAACUACAUUGCCAAGUUUAACACUUCAACUAACACUAUGCAUGAUAAGUGGCGCCACUUGGUGGCAGAAGGCAUGACUAACAUAGAGAUGUUUGACCACAUUAGUCUGAUGACACUGGAUAGUUUACUAAAAUGUGCCUUUAGCUACAACAGCAACUGUCAGCAGUCUACCAGUGAGUACGUGUCAGCCAUAGUGGAGCUGAGUGACCUGAUCAUAGACCGUCGGCAAAAGAUUUUACACCAUUGGGAAUGGAUUUACUGGAAAACACAGAAGGGAAAACGAUUCAAAAAGGCUUUAAGCAUUGUACACAGGUUUACCAGGGAAGUGGUUCAGAAGCGCCGUGCCCUGAUCAGCCAACAGAGGGAGAAAGAAACAGAUUUCACUACAGCACCACAGAGAAAGAAAGAUUUUGUGGACAUCAUACUGCUGUCAAGGGAUGAGGAUGGACAAGGCCUAACAGAUGAGGAGAUACAGGCUGAGGCCAACACCUUCAUGUUCGCAGGUCAUGACACAACAGCCAGUGCAAUUUGCUGGACGCUGUAUAAUUUAGCACGCCACGACCACUAUCAGGACAAAUGCAGGAAGGAAGUGAUGGAUCUGAUGCAAGGACGAAACGGACAUGAAAUAGAGUGGGAGGAUCUGUCCAACCUUACCUUCACCACCAUGUGCAUCAGAGAGUCUCUCAGACUCCACUCUCCUGUGCAGGCUGUAACAAGGAAGUACACCCAGGACAUGGCACUGCCAGGGGAUUGCACAGUACCACAGGGUGCCAUCUGUUUGGUCAGUAUUUAUGGAACACACCACCACCCUGCUGUUUGGACAGACCCACACGUAAGAAAGAGUUUAAUCCUCUGCGUUUUGACCGUACAAACACAGAAGGGCGGGCUUCUCAUGCCUUCAUCCCCUUUUCCUCAGGCCCCAGGAACUGUAUUGGUCAGAAAUUCGCCCUGGCAGAGCUUCGAGUCGUCGUGGCGUUGACCCUGCUCAGGUUUCGUCUGACCCCGGGGGUGAACCCUGAACUCGGGACCAGCUCUGGGGGAAUUCGCCGGCUCCCCCAACUCGUCCUGCGUGCGGAGGGAGGUUUGUGGCUGCAGCUGGAGUCUCUGACCCCGCACAACUCUGAGGAGUUGCAGGAUCAAUGAUCCAGCAAGAUGACACUUGUUUUAUAACACAGAGUUUAGUUCUGUUCUUAUCAAUGGAUUUAUGUUUACUGUAUUAUUGUUUCUAAAAGCAUUUGUGACCUUUGUUUUCUACAAAGCAAUCUGUUAGGCUACAUAAUUCUUUUACUAUCACUUAAAAA